AUAUAGUUCUCCACAUCCACCCAAACUGACCUCAUCUUCUAGGUAGCACUAUCCCUAACUGUGGGGGGUACCAUUGACACGUUCAUGUGGUGUCGUCAGUUGCUUCCAUUCCUUGCACUCUUGCCUCCUGCUCUAGCGGGUAUACAGGAACUUUGGUGGAACAUCACCUACGUUCUUGAUGCAAAUCCAGAUGGCCUCUUUGAGCGCCGUGUUGUUGGCGUCAACGGGUCCUGGCCACCCCCACCAAUCGAGGUAUCCGCAACAGAUUCAUUGCUUGUGCAUGCAACGAACAGCAUUGAUAAACCUGUCACACUACACCACCAUGGCAUGUUCUUCAACUCAACAUCCUGGAUGGACGGGGCAAUGGGGGUGUCACAAUGCGGCAUACCCCCAGGCCAGACGUUUGAUUACGUUGUACCCAUCAACUCCUCCGGGCAAGUCGGCACAUACUGGGCGCAUGGUCAUGCAAACGGAAUAUAUGUGGAUGGUCUUCGCGCGCCUCUCCUCCUGCAUUCUCCAAAUGAAACUUAUGCCGGGCACUACGACGCCGAGUUCACUGUUGUUUUAGGUGACUGGUACCACAAGGAGCAUCCUGUCCUCUUGAAAUCAUUCCUCAGUAUCGCAAAUCCAGGCGGGGCGGAGCCUGUUCCUGAUUCUGCCAUCAUAUAUUUCUCCCAAAAUGGUUCCUACCUGCCACCGAACACAGGGAGCAACCUAUCCCCAGUAACAAGCAUGGUGGGUUUCAACGAGAACGCGACCCUUCCGUUCGAACCGGGUAAAACGUACAGACUGCGCAUAAUCAACAUGGGCGCGCUCGCGGGGUUCUUCUUCUGGAUCGACGGGCAUGAAAUGCGAAUUAUCGAAGCUGAUGGUACCGACACACAGGAACAGCUCGUCGAUAUACUGAGCGUAUCAGUGGCGCAGCGUUAUUCUGUGCUCGUCACUGCGAGGAACGAUACCUCGUCGAACUGGGCCAUCCAUGCGAACAUGGAUACAACCAUGUUUGACAAGGUCCCCAGUGGUUUGAAUCCGAAUACUACCUCCACCAUCACGUACUCCGCUUCCUCCAACCUCACUAACUUGUCCCCUGUGUCCUCCUAUACCAUGGUGAACGACAGCGCUCUGGUUCCUGCCCUUGUUUCGCCUGCGCUCUCCCCUACGAAUACCUUUGAGCUUGAGUUCAACUUCGACACGAUGAACGAUGGGACAAAUCAUGGGUACUUCAAUAAUCUGGUUUAUAACCCGCCAUUGGUACCCGCGAUCAUGAGCGCGUUGAGCCUGGGCGAAAAUGCCACUAGCCUAACUGCAUACGGGCCAUACAGCUUUGUGGUCAAUUACGGAGACGUGGUCGACCUUGUGGUGAAGAAUGCCGAUACAGGACAGCAUCCCUUCCACUUACACGGAUACAAGGUGCAGAUCGUCAAUAGAGCGACAGAUUAUACCUCCGACGAUCCAUCGUUGAACCCACCGCUUGUCGAAGGGCAAGCAAACCCGAUGCGUCGUGACACCGUAACCAUCACUGGCGGAGGUUCCGUCACACUCCGCUUCGUCGCUGAUAACCCCGGCGCAUGGCUCUUCCACUGUCACGUCGAAUGGCACCUUGAAUCGGGCCUUGCGGCCCAAUUCAUAACAGCGCCGCUUCUCGCACAAGAACGGGCACAGGACCGUGUUCCGUCGUUUAUGUAUGACCAGUGUGCUGCGCUUGGGGUUCUUUCGAGCGGUAAUGCUGCAGGACAUGCGAGCCCGACUGAUUUGUCGGGUCUCCCGCUUGGGCCGUGGGUGCAGAAGCUCGGUUGGCUGCCUAAAGGUAUCUGGGCGAUGGCUGGAUGUGUACUGACAGCUAUCAUUGGCAUCGUUACUGUUAUGUGGUAUGCCAUGGGAGGUUAUAUCACUGAGGAGGAGAUGGAGGAGGAGGUGCGUCAGCGCAUCGAGGAAAAGGCACGUAAAGGAAAGUUCUUUGGUUUGUUCAAGAGAAAGACUUGAAUAUUCUGUGCUGUAUUUUGUUCAUACUGAUCUAGUCGGUCACUCUGGCUCGGAUGCCGUUCUGCAGGGUAAUUUUGUCAAUAAUAAUUAUCGCUUACUCCAUAGUUUAGUGGGUAUUGUGAGAUGUAGAUACACAUGCAAUAACUUGUAGUUUAAGGUUAAGGUUAACGCAUCGAAAGUCGGCUUUUGAUUUACUACAUCUU